CGACACGCCAAAGGGGCACGUACGAAAUCGUCGCAGCGACCGACACAAUCACAACCCUCCCCCAAAAGUGGUGCACCAAAAAAAACGCACGCAACGUCUCGCACACCAAGGGCGAGAAACUAUCGAAGGGCAAAGUAAUGCGACAGCCACGAUCGACAUCUGGCGUCGACUUAAAUUGAGCACGACCGGGAGAGACAGAGACAAAAACGUUUUACAGUAUACUAACCAUACUAGUGCACUGAAGAUUUUUAGUGACGGCAAGGGAUUUUGGAUAGGCACGUUAUAAGCGAGGAUACAGGUGCUUUGAAGGUUAGAUCGCAUGAGACAACCGGUGCUCAAAAUGGUUCUGGUCGUGUCCGCGACGGGAUGCAAUGUCCAAGCCACGGCUUGCCAUCGAAAAAAUAUAUUCGCGCCAACCUGGGAAUCGAAGGGUGCAUCCUGCAUUCGGUAGAGUGCAGGAGUGUCGCGAUAGGACAUUUUGUCUGGCGGUGUUGAGCUUUUGGAUCCUGCUGCGGUGGCGACUGAAAUUCUGGAUCGGUGCGGUGAAUAUAGUGUUGGUGAUUAAUUUGGUGGUGUUCAGAGUGAGAACGGCCCGCCCACGCGGACCACGCUGUUGGACUUCAACUGCCCAACUGGCCGGAUUCCUCCUCUUUCUGGCCACUUUGACCAUUGCGGCAAAGUGUCAUGCUGCCGCGAACUACCACAGGCCUCCCAGCAACCACCCACCACCACCAUUACCGUAUUCCAAUGUCCCCCGCACCUCCAGCCUAGCUUUAAGGAAGCUGCUUCCACCUCCACGAACCGCAAGUGAUAUUAACCAUUCUCUUAGAACUAAACGCUUUGCUAAUCUGAAACCCUGGAAACCGAACCCCGAAGAAAAUUCCACCUCCAGUUUUAAUAGCCGUCAGCGCGAAUCAGGUAGCGGAAACAGUGCGGGUUUUAGUGAUACGAGCGACUCAAUUAAAACUAUCAACGACAAUUCGGGCCACCAAGCGACCAACAAACGACCACAGCACGAAGUACAGUUCAUGCAGCCAGUUCAUUUGCACGACAUAAAUUCAACAAUAAGCAGUGUGGGCAAAAUCGGGCAAAGCAGCGGGGUCGACAUAGACGAAGAUCAUCCGUCGACAACGACAAGAACCAGAACGACUACAACGGUCCACCGGCGGCGGCAGCACCAGCAGGAGGCGGGCGGCGUGGUGAAGUGGCGCACGGUGUUGGCGGUGGUGGUGGUAGUGGUGAGCGGGGCGGCGGCACUGGGUCUGGUCACGUGCCUGCUCACCCAGCGGCGGGUCACGGGGGGCGCCAGCGGACCGGCCCCAGCGCCCACUUCAAUCCACGCCGCCACAACCGCGCCGGCAACCGAUUCACCGAUGUUGUCGGUGGUGAGUGCCGGUGCCGCUGCUGGGAUGGGCGGCAUGGACCGGCUGCGAGGCGGUGGCGGCGGCGGCGGCCGGUCGGCGGCGCGCGAGCUGGCCGCCGGCCGCGAUCGUCAGAUCAGGCUGCAUUCGGUGCGCACGGACAUAGGAUUGGACCUGCCGCCGGGCAUAGCGCUGCCCGACGGCGAGAACGAACACCACCACCAUCACCAUCAUCCUAGCGACCACAACCACCAUCACCAUCACCACCACCAUUCGUCGCUGCACGGCUCCAGCUCCAGGCUGCUGCAUCUUAGGGACCCCGAACAGGAAUCGGAAAUCUACCAAAAGUGCAUUCGACCGCCCCCCAAUCGGACGGUGCUGGUGUCCGAGUCGCCGCCCCCGUACCGAUCUUCGUCGGCGGGCGUUUUGGUGUCUUCUUCCUCCUCGUCCACCUCUUCCUCGUCGGUCGGCGGCUGCAGCGACUGGUCGAGCGGCGGCGGCGGGGGCGGGGGAGCGGCGCUCGUCGUGCGAUGCCACUCGAUGUCGUCAUCGUCGUCGGCGGCGGCCCAAAAGACUGAUUUUUUACAAAGGACUGUUAAAAUUUUCACCGGCGGCGGCAAGAAGCAGCAGCCGCCCCCGGCGCCGACGUUGCCCGGCGUGCUGGUGCCCCGGAAAUGCGCCGCCAAACAGCCUUCGCCGCCAUCCACGCCGCCGCACCCGGGCGUCUGACCACACGUCAACGUCGAUAGACAUUACUUGUGAAUUUCUAAUUAUCAUUAUUACUAUUAUUAGUUAACGAAACGAUUCCAUUUUUAUUAUAAUUACGCGGUACACCGGCCCAGGAACAAACUACCCCCCACCCCACACCCCACCACAACGACAGCUACGCAGAAAUUCUAGUCAAAAUUAUCCAACAAUCAAGAAGGAAUCCUCAAACAUCAGGCAUCCUAUCUUCAUUCAGGCUUACUAGUCCAGUGAAUCUAGAAAUUUCCCUAUGUACCCACAAAUUUUAUUUUACCAAUCCAUUAGAGGUUGUAUGAAGGUAAAAGUGGCAUCGCAUCCCCUAAACUGCCCCUUUGCCAACACUUUAAAAAUGUAUUUUGUUUGUUUCGCUUAUAUCUAGCUAUCGCUAUCGACUUAACCAAAUUUGCUGGGGGUAAUUGUUUUGGAUGGGUAAUUUAACACGGCUAUUUUUUGUUUUUCACCGAAACCUCCAAAUAUUGUUCAAAAGAUCGACAAAAAAAAUCCCUCAAAGUUUGAGCCCUUAAUUUUGAUUUUAAGUAGGUACUUCCUUUUUCAUUUUGAAUUUUUCACAUUUUCAAUCACUUUUUUAAGUUUCUAUAUCUUUGCCGGGUUUAAAGCUAUCAUAUUGUAAUUUCUUGUUACCUACUUAGUAUUACAGUACAGAGUAUUUAACGCUUUUUAAAAGCGCUUUUAAGAAUUUUUCUCCAUCUAUUCACCAUUGAUUCACCUUGAGCUCUGAAAGUAUUUUUUUUUUACUUUUUUCACAUAUUUCAAGAUAUUAAGAGAAUGGCUUGUCUUACUAAAAAAUUUUAAAGAUUGUAGAAAAUUUAAUUCUCUACAAAAAAGUCUUUACCUUUAUAUCGCUAAAGUGCAUAGUUUACAAGACACAAGUGAUUGAAAAUACAUGCUUUUUAAAUGGGAAAAAUUCAAAAUGAAAAAGGGCUCAAAUGGAUAAUCGUUUAAUCUAUUUUUUCGAAUAUGCUCCGAACAACGGGACAAAAGUUAUACGCAACGACUUUAAUUAUGACUUUGAACGCGUUUAACUUUUUUCCAGUGCCUCAGAGCAAAAAAUAUGUAGUAUUCGAAAAACUACACUGAACGAUUACCUACCCAAUAAGCCUAACCCCAACAAAUUCGGUCAAGGCAAUCGCUAGAUACGAGGGUAUUUUUGGGGAGUGCAUACAACCCCUAAUCCUUGGGUAAUAAAAAAUUGGGUUGGGAAAUUUCUAGAUGAUGGGACUAUAUACCACCACACCACCCACUCAUACGACGCCGGCGCGCCGCAACCUAUCUCUUCUACCCACGUGGACCAAAACUCUAGACCUUGAUCUUUCCAACAACCAUCGACUUACGUCAUAUCGUUCAAAAUUUUUUUGCAAUAUUCACCAUUGUAAAAACAUAUCUUUCUGAAUGUAGCAACAAAUUGUUUUCUUCAAUACUUAAUGUGGUUUAAUUUAAAAUAUUCCACGUAUUGUAUGCUCUAAGGUAUAUCCACGUUUUAUAUAUUCUAAGGUAGUCUCAGAGUACACAAUACAUGGAUAUAAUAGUGUCGGGGUUUUAGUGUCAAUAAAUAAAUGGUCUAAGGUCAUUUGACGCCAAAAUAUCGGCGUAAUAUUGCUAUCAUCAUAGGAUAAGGAAAAAUCAAUAUCUGGAGUUCGUGGUUUCCACGUGUAGACGCACACGUGCAAGUUCACGCCGGCAUCAUUCGCGUACAUGGACGUUUAGCCAUUAAAUGAAAAAAAAAAUAUUUAAGCAGUGCGAUGGGACGCUUUUUUAUUGUGUUUUCCAAUUUUUUGUGUAAUAAAGAAACAAACGGACUUUAAAAAUUGCGCGAGCUUUUCUCGUUGGAAUAUCGAUCAAGUCGCCAAUAAAAUAAUAAAUAAAAACGCAAUGGUGCCAAAUUUGUUUGAAAGAUUGUGUACUGUGUACAUUUUGCGAGGCGCGGCAACAUGGUAAAUUUAGCAAAUUUUUUUCCGAUAAUAUGAAUAAAUUAUUUAUUGAAUGUGUUAAAAAGAAUGUUGCCGCGUUGAAAUGAUAAUUAAAUUAAUCAAAAUGAUAUUUGGCAUUAAUCGAGAUAUUCCAGCGACGAAUUAAACAAUUAACUAGAACAUUGUUCUGUUUUUAAAUAUUGUUUAUUGAACGGAAACAUGGGAUUAAGAAGUGCAACAAAAAGGAGCAAGAAAGAAAUUUCUUUUUUUAUGCAAAAGUGUUCAUCUUAUAGUCAACCGUCGUAAAAAUAAAUAGAAACAACAAGAUAAUAUUAAUCAUCACGUUUGGUACAGCGACAUACGAACCGCCGACAUAAAUAUUUAUCGAUGUUAUCUGCAAAAUCGAGACUAUAUCAAUUUUAAUUGCGGUGAGCCCCAUCUACCGUCAUAAAUUUUAGUAUUUUGUCUCGGAAAUCUAGUAAAUUCUCAAACUUACUCGUAGCCAAUCUUACGUUUUAAAUAAAUGUGUAAAUUAUGAUUUGAAAAUUCUGUACAUAGUUUAGAUUAGACGAAUUUUGUAAAUUGUCUGUGUUUCGUAUGUCAAACGCCAAAUAUCCUAGCCAAUGUUAAAAAAUUAUAUAAUUAUUAUAUUUAAAGAAACAAAAUAUUGUAUAUGGUAGGAAAACCGUAAAAAAUAGCAAGACAUAAGCAUAUGUGAUGAUAAUAAGGUGCUUGGGAACAUAUAUGUGAAACAUCUUUAUCACAAAACAAUGCAAAAAUAUAUCCGGGCAAUUUAACGUAUUUUUCGUUCAGUAUUUGGCCAUAGAUGGCAGUCGAACUGCUGCUACUAAUACCGGCUAUAUUUUUGUUUCUCUGGUGCAAUUUUUACAUUCAAUGUAACUUAAAGGCGAUUUACGAAAAUUCCACACUAUGCAAUCAAAAUUGGAACUGUGUUCAUUUUAAUUUAUUGUUUAGUAUUUAUUUUAAAUUUAAAUGUAUUGUUGAAGUGUGAUUUUUUUAAGAUCGUCUGUUUAAUAAACUGUCAAUAUUGCUUUAUUUGUAUAUAUUUUAAGUCACAAUGUUGUAUAUUUUUUUAUAUAUGUAACGGAUCCAACUGAAAUUAUUUAUUUUGUCUUAUACUUAUUUAAAAAAAAUGUACCUACCACAAUUUUAGUUGUCAUAGGCAAAGCCUGUUUCUUUUACAAAGAUCUGCAACAUUAAAUUGAUUUACUCCAAAGGAGAUUUUGUUAAUAUUGUAUAAAUAAUUUAAAAAAAUUAUUUUUAUAUAAAAGCUUAAUUUUUUAUAUAUUUGUAAAUUAUAGUUAGUAACUUUUGUGAAUAUAAUUUAAUUCGCGUAUUAAAUAUUAUAAUAAUUUACAUGUAUGCUGCCCAAGCCAAAAAAGUCUUCAUAACAACAAGAAAAUUGUGAUUAUAAUUAAAUUUUAUUAUUAUAAAAUAAAUAACAAAUUAAUUAAAAUGUUUUUAUAUUAGUGAAUCAUUAAAACAACUUAAAUUGUAAAAAAAUUGUUUUGGUUUCUUUUCUCAACUAUAACUAGUUUUUGUUUAAAAGACAUACAUCAUGUGUAUUGUGAUUUAUUUAUAAGUACCAUGAUCAUUCGUAAGAA